UCAGCUGAUUCACGUGUGAAUCAUCUAGCAGACAACAUUAUUAAUUAUCUAUUAGAUGACGUAAUGCUCCAGAAUUUAGCUGCAAGAUUGGUUAAUAGUAGUUUUAGAGUGUUGAAAGGUGUUUCUGAUUGUUCGCUUCAGAGAGUACCAUGUAUCGUACAACAAAGAACGCAGAGCAGCCAAGUAAAUGAUGAUGACUCACCAGAUAUAAGUGAGAAUCACUAUCCAACUCUGAAUAUUCAUGUCACUGGACAUGAUCUUACCGUCGUGGAACAUUAUGCACAAUACUUGCACAAUAUGUCAAAAAAUUUGGGCAUUAUUGUCUCUGAUAGCUAUGCACUUCCAACAAAAACACAUGUGGCAAAAACUCUACAAAAACCAGGAAUAAAUGUGAAGCCGAGAAAUAUUACACUGAAAACAUUUGAGAGGGUUGUACAGGUUGAUGAGUUGUUAUCCACUAAAGCUUCAUUACUUACAGAGCUACUACAGAUCAAUAUGCCGCAAGGUGUCAGUGUGAAAAUUCAAGAGCACACUGAAGAACACUACCAGGACAGAUUUCUUCCAAGGGAAGUUCCAGACUUCUUGCUCAAAUGAGGUACUGCAGCUUUAGAUAUGAGGACCUUUCCUAUCAUGGUGUGUGUUUGUGGGUCAACUACUCCAGUAUACAUCAUGACUGAAGUUCACCAACUUUGUUGAGAGAUUAUAUCUAAUUUGAUUGUUUUUAAUUAAGCAAUAUUAUUAUAAAAAAUUUGUUUUAAUAUACUGAAUAAAUUCAUGAUUGAAAACAUA